CGUGGCGAAAGCUAAAAAGGUUGCCGCCAUCAGCACGCCACCACAGCAAAGCAGUAGGCGGCCCCAAGCGAUCGACCUCCAUGAGUUGCCAGGUCCCCACGGCGCCCGCUGCCAUGCCGUCGCCACCCUCCGCGCCGCUCGUUAAGUUCCCGCUCCUCCCGCGCGGUCUCCUCUCCUACCUCCCCGCCAACCUCUCCUCCAUCCUAUUCCUCCCGCGUGCCGCGUGCGCGUCCACCUGUGAGCCUGCCGCCGCUGCUUCGCCGCCGCCGACGACGACGACGAAGAAGACGACGAUGCCGCCUGCGCCGGCGUCUCCUGCCAAGAAGAUGUCGCCGCCGGGAGCUGGAGCUCAGGAGCAGCAGGCAGGGAGCAAGAAGAAGAAGACGGCCGACGCCGCAGAGCUGGCGCGCGUGUUCGAGCUGUUCGACCGGAACGGCGACGGCCGGAUCACGCGGGAGGAGCUCGAGGACUCUCUGGGGAAGCUCGGGAUCCCCGUGCCGGCCGACGAGCUGGCGGCCACGAUCGCGCGCAUCGACGCCAACGGCGACGGGUGCGUGGACGUCGAGGAGUUCGGGGAGCUCUACCGCUCCAUCAUGGCCGGGGACAACAAGGACGGCGGCGCGGGGGAGGGUGCCGCGGAGGAGGAGGACGGGGACAUGAGGGAGGCGUUCCGGGUGUUCGACGCCAACGGCGACGGGUACAUCACGGUGGACGAGCUCGGCGCCGUGCUGGCGUCGCUGGGGCUGAAGCAGGGCCGCACGGCGGAGGAGUGCCGGCGCAUGAUCGGCCAGGUCGACCGCGACGGCGACGGCCGCGUCGACUUCCACGAGUUCCUCCAGAUGAUGCGCGGCGGCGGGUUCGCCGCCCUCGGCUGAUCCGUCCACGGCCCUUCUUCUCUCAUCACUUCCGCGUGAUGCUAGUAGAUCAGGUGUAGAUAUUGGCGUCUUCAAGGAGGAAUUCACGUAACACGUCCGCUCCAAAGUUUAUUGGUUUGUUCGUAAGAUUUGAUGGGCUUGCUAAUUAACUAGCGUAACGCUUGUCGCUCGCAAAGGAUUUCUUUGGGAAGAGAAAUUCUGUUUUACCUGUAUUUCCAGGGUUUUUUCUUCUUCUUCUUCUGUAAAGGUGAAACAUUUUGGCACCUGCUCUGCGUGCAUGGCCGCAUGGGUAGCCCUGCUUGCUUUGCUAGUCGACAAAAGGUGUUCUGCACCUCUUGCUCUGUUCACCUCGAAAUCUUUCUACUGCUCUGUUGAUGAUGCUUGUGCGUCCCGCUUAUCUGACUGUGCACACUAUUGUCAAUAUUUUGGCAGUCAUAUUUUGUUUAAUCUUUUUAUUUACAAAUAUGUUGCGACGAAGUUGUUGGUGUCGACAACGAACAGUAUGCAGUUCGUUCCUAAACGACAAAGGACACUAGCCAUCGUCUCAAGAAAACCUGUAAUCAGUUUGAGAUGAAUUCUCCUCGUAAUAAGCUUGGAUGCUAGCUGCG